AUAGCCCUUCACCACUGCAUGAUACCAUUCAUUCUUCACAGAUCACACCCAUCAAGUCAAAGUGAAUAGUAACUGGCCCAACUCCAUGUCCGAGCCCAUGGUAUCCUAUAUACUACAACAGCAUAAUAACAUUCUUGAAAUUCAAUUAUGGCUUUAGAUUUUUGUGUGCCACCCCAAGAUUGUCAAUGUAUAUCUGGCCACUCCUAUAUACAAUUUUCGGGCUGGGGGCACCACUGUAUUUGCCUGGGAAUGCCUGCAAUGCUGGGAAGAAAAUACGACAACAAUAAUGUUUAAUGUAACAGGCCCCUCUAACAGUACAACUGGCCCCAGCUUGGCCCGCAUGGUGUAGAACCUCCCAUAGCUGCUUUGCAAAUCAAGACAAGAGCCUUUUCAUAAGGCCCAGUGGCAGACUCUGAAUAAUAUGGACCUGUUGUUCAGUCUAAGUAGGCCUACUUGGUCGGAACUAACUUGUGUACACACUUAUAUUCAAAGUAUAAACAAACAACAAGAAAAAGUGUAUGUGGACACAGCCGCACUUCGAAUUGCAUUCAUUCUUAUGUUCAUAGGGGGUCUCAAACUAGCAUAACUAACUUUUUCAUAUAUACGAAUAUAUGAUCAAAUGUAUAUAUAUAUGUGUAGAAAAUAUAUAUAAAUGUGCAUUUAUAUAUGCACAUUUUUGUAUAUAGGAGUCGUCACUGGUAUUAACUAUUACAUAAAAUACCCCAGACUAUCUUGUAUCAUUUGUGUUAUCAUAGAAAUGGUAAUCCAACUCUUAAAUGAUCUUGCCUGGAAACCCAACAACGUUAUUAGAGAUAGCUACUUAUGAGCUGUUUGAGGGUAAUGAUCACUGAAUUAUAGCACAACCACAAGAGAGAGAGAGAGAGAGAGAGAUAGAGAGAAAGAGAGAGAAAGAGAGAGAGAGAGAGAGAGAGAGAGAGAGAGAGAGAGAGAGAGAGAGAGAGAGAGAGAGAGAGCGCAUAACUUUUUAGUUUUUCAGCAAACGGAAAAUCAUGCCUACACUGAGGCUAACAGAUCUCGCGAGAUCCUGCAUCCCGCCCUUCAGGUAUUUAAAAGAAAGCGCUAAUUCAUGCCGGUUCUAACAGACAUGGCUCUUCUUCCUCACACUGAUUUGAUUUCGCAGAUGCGACAAGAAAAGUUUAGCUAUGCUAAUAUUGCUAACAAUAUCACAGCACAGUUGGGUGUGGAAAGAGGUGUUUCUGCCCGCAGUGUCAGAAGGUUUUGUGCCGAAAAUUGCCCGAAACGGAAUGCUUUGACCACGCAGCAAUUACAGGUGGAAGUGGCCAGCGCUAUAAAUGAGGCAGGACCAACUUAUGGCUGCUAGAUGCUUACAGGGUACCUUGCCUCUAAAGGAGUACAUGCUGCAGAGCGUCGUGUUGGCAGUAUACUGAAAAAUAUUUGCCAACCAUACCAUGCAGAGCGAUGCCAUGGAGCUCGUAACUUGAAUCCCUCACCCUACUAUGCUAAGUAUAUGGGCCAUAAGCUCCAUAUUGACCAAAAUGAGAAACUGGUCAUGUUUGGUGUGACACACGUGUUGGCCAUUGAUGGAUUCAGCAGCAUGAUUGUGGCACAUUCCACUAUGCCAGUGAAGAACAACGUCAUAAUAUAUGACAACGUUUUCAGGUCUGCUGUAAUGAAAUAUGGGAUGUGGGACCAGGUCAGAGUCGAUCACGGAAAGGAAUUUUAUCUGACCUUGUUCAUGCAAGAAAUGUUACAAGAACACAGACAUGAUCGAGAGGCGGCUCCUUAUUGUCAAACCCAAUCCACAAGAAACCAUACAGUUGAAAGAAUGUGGCCAGAGGUGAAUAACAGGGUGAACUACCCACUGAAGACUGCUCUGGUGGGGAUGACAAAUGCAGAGACAUUGGACAUGGAGGACAGCAUAUCCAAAUACUGCGUGUCAAAAGUCACUUGCCAACUAGCACAUAUUGGUAUCAUAAGGAUGGUUGCAUCAUGGAAUGCACACAGGAUUCCAGGAAAGGGGAUACCAAGCGUACUAUCCAGAGGUGGUUGCCAAGCUAUCGCUCCAGUCAACCAGCUACUCGAUGCCUCUGCAGCGGCUGACCUCUACCAGCAGCACCUAGGAUCACUGACCCGGGAGUCUACCUUUGGUGCUGAUCCUUUCCCAUCUGCAGACGUGAGGUCAAGAGCUGAAAUGGAUUUCAAUGAUCAGUUCCCAGAUAUGGAAGCACUUUUUGAAGCAACUGUACACCGGAACUACAGGCAUUUUCAAGAAGCUGUUAUGUAUCUGAUUGAUGUAACUAAGAGAUAUGUUGAACACUAAUGAACCUUUACUGGUGCUUUAAAAUGGCAUCAUGUUGUUCACUCAGUUGUAUGUCCAACAUGUGAUUACACGUGUAAUACACCUCUA